UCAAAACCGUGUGAGGAGGGAAGAGGGUACAGACAGAGCCUCAGCUGCUGCCCGGUCCUCAGCACCACUGUCACCACUGCCCACCACUGGCCAGCAUGUCCUCUGCUCACUUCAACCGAGGCCCUGCCUACGGGCUGUCAGCCGAAGUCAAGAACAAGCUGGCCCAGAAGUACGACCUCCAUCGGGAGCAGGAGCUUCGAGAGUGGAUUGAGGGGGUGACAGGACGUCGCAUAGGCAACAACUUCAUGGACGGCCUCAAAGAUGGCAUCAUUCUUUGCGAGUUCAUCAAUAAGCUCCAGCCAGGCUCCGUGAAGAAGAUCAAUGAGUCGACCCAAAAUUGGCACCAGCUGGAGAAUAUAGGCAACUUCAUCAAGGCCAUCACCAAGUACGGGGUGAGGCCCCAUGACAUCUUUGAGGCCAAUGACCUGUUCGAGAACACCAACUACACCCAGGUGCAGUCCACCCUCCUGGCCCUGGCCAGCAUGGCCAAGACGAAAGGGAACAAGGUGAACGUGGGGGUAAAGUACGCAGAGAAGCAGGAGCGGAAAUUUGAGCCGGAAAAGCUACGAGAAGGGCGGAACAUCAUUGGGCUGCAGAUGGGCACCAACAAGUUUGCCAGCCAGCAGGGCAUGACGGCCUAUGGCACCCGGCGCCACCUCUAUGACCCCAAGCUGGGCACAGACCAGCCCCUGGACCAGGCCACCAUCAGUCUGCAGAUGGGCACGAACAAGGGAGCCAGCCAGGCCGGCAUGACGGCGCCCGGGACCAAGCGGCAGAUCUUCGAGCCAGGGCUGGGCAUGGAGCACUGUGACACACUCAACAUCAGCCUGCAGAUGGGCAGCAACAAGGGGGCCUCACAGCGGGGCAUGACGGUGUAUGGGCUGCCACGCCAGGUCUAUGACCCCAAGUACUGCUUGACGCCGGAGUACCCGGAGCUGGGCGAGCCCGCCCACAACCACCACCCACACAACUACUACAACUCUGCAUAGGGCCCUGGGCCUUCUGCCUUCCCCCCAGGGAGGCCAGCUGCUGACCCCCGCCCCCUGCAUGGCGCCCUCCAGCCCCCUGGCACCUGCCGACAGGGUUAGCAUUUGUGGGGAGCAAACUGGGAGGCUGGUGGGGGGAAGGGGACCCUCCUCCCUGGAUUGCUGCAGGGUCCAACAUUGAUUGAGCUGGGUGUUCCCAACAGCACCCAAAAGACGCACUGAACAAAGCUACCCCAGCUGUCCCCCAACUCCCUCACAGUGGGUCCCCCCAGGACAAGCAGCCCCCCCAAGCGAAGCCCCCAGAGCCCAGGCUCUGCCCGCCCCCACCCCAUUCCCGCAGUGGGAGCCAACUGCAUGCCCAGAGACCCAGCGGACACACGCGGUUUGGUUUGCAGCGACUGGCAUACGUGGAUGUGACAGCGGCGUUUGUAACGCGAGCACUUUCUUUUUCUACUUCACUGGAGCACAAUAAAUGGCUGUAAAAUCA